UCUCGAUAGUAGAUUAAAAAAAAAAAAGUAAGAAAAAUCAAGGCCGUUUAUGUGUUCGCGUGAGUUUGUGUGCUUCCGUGUUGGCAUUUACACACACCACACACAGGCGGAGUUUACACACAAAAAACGGAAGUGAAAUUUUCAAUGCUGUUCAAGAACUGUGGACAAUCAUUGUUUGUGGAGCAGACUCAAACUAAUUACAUGCCAGCCAACAGCUGAUUCUCCCUCAGAAGGAAGCAUUGCCUAAUAAAGAUCAUAGAUGCCAACCGCUAAAUACACAAAGUACUAAAGAUGAGCAGCUCAAUUGCCAACUGUCUGGUUUUUCUCAAUAAAGCUAGUGAUGGACAAAUUUGGGUAGAACUCUGCUAUUUCCACCUGAAAGUCAAUCUUUGUUUCUUACUUGUCUUAUGUGGCUAGAAAAAUAUGGAGAAGAAAGUGAGACAGCUAUGUCCUAUUUCUGAUCCAGACACAACAUACUUUCUGCAAAUAACCUGGUGCAAAGAUCUGGGUAUGGGUUUUGAUCUUAUACUUAGUGACGGCCAAUCAUCUUGGAAUGGAAGAGUGUCUGAAGAAGAGAUUUCUAGAGAGGCUGCUGACAUGGAAAUGAAACAAGAAAAGUAUGUAGAAGAACUUAAAAAAGUACUGUUGUUUGACCAAGAGUACUCAGAUUCAUACCGUUUUGAUAUUUCCAAAAAAGAAAUAAAUGGAGAAUCAAUUCAUUUUUCAUAUGAAAAGAAUUUGAAAGAUGUUACUUUUAGACUUGGAUCAUUGAUAUUACAAAGAGUUACAAACUCAUCUGAAGUCAUUAGAGAGCUGAUUACCUAUUGCCUAGAAUGUGUAAAAGAACUACAUGCCAAAAAUGAUCACCUACAAAAAGAGAAUGAAAGGCUUCUGAGUGAUCUGGAUGAUAUGCAAGAGCAAUUACAAAAAUGUGUUGAAGCUAAAGAAGAACUGGAGGCUGACCUUUAUAAGCGAUUUGUCUUGGUCCUCAAUGAAAAGAAAGCAAAGAUAAGAAGCUUACAGAAACAUUUAAAAGAAGUCGAAGAAACAAUACCGGAAACUGCACAAACAGGGGACCCAGUAAUUGCUUCAAAAAGUACAGUUGAAAAAGAAAAUUAUGAAGGAAGCACUGAUGAAGAAAGUGAAAAUUUGAUACAACUGACAACAUCAGAGUCAAUCAAACCCAGAAGAGAUACGUUACUUGGUAGUCCAGAUAUUACUGAUACAGUUCCAAGUAGAAAAAGAAGACAACGGGCUUCAAAAAUUGGAAAUACUAAACCAAAGAUGGCAUUACAAGAUACCCAAACUACUUCAGAAGAAAAGUGGGUUGAGCUGAGAGAAAGUAAUUGUCCCAGAGUCACCCAGCUGGCUUUCAUGUUUAAGACUACAUCCCACUCUAUCAAAAUCGACAGAGAGGCAACUGACCUUGAAAAGGGCAGAGGAAAAGAAAAGCACAGAUGACCCCGAAGACCUGUUUGAUGAUAUCUGAUUUUUCUGGAAGAAAGCUACAAUUUCACUACAAGUUGCUAAAAAUGCCAUCAAUUAUCCCUUCCAAAGAAACUAUUUUACAUGUAGCAGUGGAGGGAGUUAUUUGUACUGUAAAAUAAUAUUCAACUACUGCUUUUUCAUUUGUAAUAAAGGUUGUACCCAUGAAUCACUAACAGUCAACACUUUCCAUUCAAGGUGUUACAGACUUCAAGAAGUUUAUCUGCCUCCAGUUAAUGUGAAUGAAAAAAGUUAAUCUAUCCUCAGGAUUAGGAAGGACAAUUAGUAGACCAUCAAAAUGGCAGCAAUAAAAACUGGGAAGAAAGAUGGCAGAAAGGUGUCUUGAAAUCUCUAUAGUGGCUUUAUGAGUAACAAAAAUAUAUUUCCCAAAUUGAGAAUAGAUACAGUGACUUAUCCAUCAGACAAAUGUUUUCUUUCUGUUUGAUCAUCGCUUUUAAAUGUCUAAAAUGAAGUCUUCUGCUGCAAAGUUAUUUUCGGCCUUUACUCCAUUUACUUCUGAGUAAUGGUCCCUAGCAACCCUUGUUUUGAGAACAAAAGCAGUGACCCACAACUUCUACCAGCACUCUUGGAUAUCAGAAGCAAGGGUUUCUCUGACAUUUUAGAGAUAAAGCAAUCUGUUGUACAUUGUUUUACAUUUUGAAUUGGAGAAUUCUUAUAGAUAAAUAAUUGAACAAUUCAGUAAUUGCCAUAAUAUGCCAUUUUGUCCCCGGUUUUAUACCUGGGAGCAUUGAAUUAAAACUCCCAGAACUCUCAGCCAAUGAGGGAAUUCUCCCAAUUUUAAAUCUAGGAGAUUGGGGAAAGUCUGCACAAAACUUUGAAAAAAGCUUAUGAUAAUAGAGUAAUUGUUAAGAUUGGAAAUUAAGAUUGAAAAUAUUCACGUUCUGUUCUCAGCUAUCAAAUAUCACUAUUGGAUAACUUUGGAUCAGCUGCCAUCUGUCACCAAACUAAUUUCACAGGAUUGUUAUGGAUUUAAAAAAAGAACUGAUGAAAGUCUGCUAUGUAUAUUUUCUUGAUCUGGAGCAAAAGUAGGAUUAUAAACUAAUGAAUAAGAAAAUGGGCACAUAUGUAUGCAAUUGGGACCCUGGGAGGCACUUGACAACAUGUGCUUAAUGACAUCAUGCAAAUUAUAUAAUUUACAUCUUGGUUAAUGGCAUUUGUUCAUCAACCUUUGAAAGUGACAAUGACACUGAAUGAGGAGACUUAUGGCUAGUCCUUGAAGUUGCAUUGCAGCAUCUCUGUGAUUGCAUGGUUUUGAUUUAGGCACUUAGCAGUAACUAGCUCACAGUUAUGAAAGUUGCCUCUUGUCAAUGUCAUGUGCUGUCCAUUUGCAACCUUCACUGCCAGCUUCUGACAAAUGAAGUCAAUGGGAAACCUGGUAAGAGAUUGCCCAGGGCAAUCAUAUGAUACUACACCAAAUGACCAUGUGGGAUUUGCCUAAAGGCCACAACUGAAAUUUAGGAAUGAAGGCAAAUGUAUGUGUCCCAAGAUCUUUCAUUCUGGUGAGAGAGGAAUCCCCUGAGGAUGGGCUCUGGCAUGGGUCCGAAAGCUCGGAAGACUAAAUCUCUGGUCCCAGUGACUGACCCAGAUUGGAUCCUACAACAACCGAAAUUGCUGAACUGCCAUAAUUAAGAUGGUAUAGUCAUGUGACAUCACACUUUAUUACCAUGUUAUUUAGCAACAGAGCUUCCAAUCCUGACUAGCUAAUUGAGAGCUACCUGUUCUCAUAGCCCAUGUAUGUAAUUGGGACAAUUGAGCAAUGAUGACAUCACACCCAUAACAUUUGAUGUCAACAUACUUAGUUACAGAAAUCACUAGGAACACAUGCCAAAUUAGAAAUCAAAAGCAUGUGGGAAGCCAUUAGAAUCCAGAUUGCCACAGAAUUGAGACUGUUUUAUUCUGGGAGCUUAAAUUUAAUUUGUAAUAUCAGUUGGAAGGAUAUUUAUCUGCUUGCUUUCCAACUACUUUUACAAUGUAUGUGACCUUUGAAAAAUUGCCUUAACCUCUCAUAUAAACACAACCACAGGGUUUUAGUUCAAGUGUUCUGCUGUGGAAAUUAUUCUAGUGUUAAGUAUUUAUGCGAAGUACUCCGAUAAGAAGUAAUUUUAGAUCAUUUUAAUAUUUUCUAAUUAAACUUUUGUGGUGUUCUUUUUUUUGUCCUAUAAGCCUUGAAUUUCCUUUCUUCUCUCCCCCCAACUAAGCUUAUAUGAUCUUUUCUUUCUUUUAACAAGACAAUUAAAAUACAGUUCUAACUAUUAGCUUUGGUUUAAUGGUAACCUGGAGAUAGCCCUUAAUGGAGCAAGCUAGUUUUUAAAAAUGGAAUGCAGAAAGCAAUUGCUUUGAAAGAACCAUCCAUGAGAACAAAAUAUUGUCUGCAAAAACAUUGUUUUUUAUGGAAAGGACAGUAUGAAAAUAACCCCUGCUUCCUAUAAUUGUCCUCAAAAGUUUCUUGGAAUAAAAAGUAAUUUAGACAAGUAGCAAGGAAGGUCAGCUAUUUGGCUAUUAUUAUUGCCUAUCUGGAGCAUGGGAAAAAAAAUAUCCUGUGUAUAUGAAAAAAGAAAAGGAACAGAUCUCCAGUUUUCUUUUAAGAGAACUGGCUUGAUCACAUGAUUUUAACUUGAUUCCAAGAAACUAGCUACGAUUUAAAGAAUUUUAGCUACAAAUGGGACUUUUUAUUGUAUUGCAUACAGAUGUGAUAUUCUAACAACAUAACACUCUGAAAAAAAGCAUUAUUUAAUCAGAGAUGUUACUGUUUCAUUAUGAAACAUAACUAGUAGUAAAGAGGUAAUUACCCCACUUCUAGAAUUCUAAUCUGGUAGAUUACAGGUCAAGGAUAAUUGGAUCCAACUAGCAGGGCACUCUAAAGCGCUGCCCAGUUUCAGAAAGAGGAGGAACUAGAGAAGCUAUAAGCCACAUUUUUAGUAUCUUUUUAGUAGCUGUGUUAAGGUUUGCAGAGAAUGCUUUCCUACUUUGAGAUACUGAAGUUUUCCCAAGAUGGCUAUCAAUAAUGAAAUCUCAUACCAAACCAAACCAAAUAUAAAACUGCAACCAUUGAUAAAUCCAUGAACCUAGCAUUGGGUUACUAUACCAAGUACUAAUGAGUGCAAUUAGGUUCAUAUAAACUAAUCAUCUGAUCUAAGUGCCUUGCUUCCACCAAUGCUUGGGCAAUUGACUUGGGCAGUACAUGUGGACCUUAUCAUAAUAAUUCUGAAUGUCAUUUAUGUAUGUGUAAUUUAGUGCAUGUUCUCAUCUUUUCACAGAGAGGUACUGCUGGCAUAUUUGUGUAAUAAAGUCAUCUUAGAUUGCCAUAAUUAUCUGCGAUAAAAUGGGAGCACUUCAAACUGAUUAUAAGUUUUUUUCAUAGUGACAGCACUCCACAGUUAAGACUGUCCACUGCCCAUGGUUUCCUGCUUAAAAUACCUCCAUCAUAUAUGGAUUGAGUUCUGUUUCAAUCAUUAUUCUAUAGAAAUGGAAUAAAUAAAUUAUUUUCAGUUGCCAAUGUGUACAAUUUA